AUGGCCGCACCCGGCACUCCGAUGGGCGCAUCCGCCACGCAAGCUGCGACCACAUCCAGUACCACAGAUGCGCCGUCAGACCCGCUCUUCUCCCCGCCAGCCGCUUCGAGCUCGUCCAGCCACCAGCAGCAUGCCGCAUCCAAGCUCGACGCGCCCGCACGUCCACCCAGCGGCCUUUCGAAGCGCGCCCACACGCCCGGUCAGGACCAGAUGCCGCUCACCAUCCACACCGCCGCACAGCGUGGCGAUCUUCCGGCCAUCAUGCGCCUCGUCGACUCGGGCCGUGCAACCGUGCAUGACCGCGACGACGACAACAUCACCCCGCUCCACUGGGCGGCCAUCAACGCACAGCUCGCCACAUGCCGCUACCUCCUCGACCAUGGCGCCGAGGUCGAUGCGCUCGGAGGCGAUCUCGUCGCUAGCCCGCUCCAGUGGGCCGCGCGCAAUGGACACGUCUAUGUGCUAGAGUUGCUGUGCUCGCGAGGCGCCGACCCAACCAUCACCGACUCGCAGGGCUUCAACUCGCUCCACCUCACCGUCCAUUCGAGCGCCGUCAUGCCGCUCGUCCUCAUGCUCCAGCAGUCUUCCCUCAGCUCACCCGAGGGGCUCGAUGCCACCGACUCCCAGGGCCACACUGCGCUCAUGUGGGCUGCCUACCAAGGCGAUGCGAUUUCAGUCGACAUCCUCCUCAAGCACGGCUCCGACGUACUCAAGCGCGACAGUGCCGGCUUGACCGCCAUGCACUGGGCCGUCGUCAAGGGCAAUCGCCUCUGCAUCCGUCUUCUCGCCGACGCCAAGUCGGACCUACUCGCAAAGGAGGAUUCGGGCAAGACGCCACGCGACAUGGCGGUCGAGCUCAAGUCCAUCGGCGCCUACCGCAAAGCGCUCGCCGACAUCGGAUUCGAGGAAGACGGCCGGCGCAAGCAGCGCACGUUCGGCGCGAGCACCGACCGUACCGCGCGUCUCGCCGUCAUGGUCGUACCCUUUAUUGCGCUCGGCUUGAUCUUUGCUACGUUUGCAGCGCUGCCCUGGUAUACGGCGGCGCCGUUUGCAGCUGCCGAGUUCUUUGGCAUGCACCACGUCGUGACGCGCGUCAUCCUCGAUCCGCAGGAGCACGACUUUCUGCAGCGCAGCAACUACUUUCUCGCCAUCGUGUCCGGGUCCAUCGCGUGGGUGGGCUGGGAGUGGGUGCGCAAGCUUGCGUCCAACACGCCGGGGUACGCAUCGACCAACCUGCUGUUUGCGCUGUCGCUGCUCGUGUGUGCGUGGAACCUGUUUCGGGCCUCGACGAUUUCGCCGGGGUAUGCGCCGCUGGCGCCCUCGGCGCUGCACCGCCGCGAGACGGUGACGCAGCUCGCGCAGCAGGGCAGGUUGAAUGGGCAGACGUUCUGCGUGGCGUGCAUGGCGCGCAAGCCGAUGCGCUCCAAGCACUGCAAGCUGUGCGGCCGCUGUGUGGCGCGCCACGACCACCAUUGUCCCUGGGUAGCCAACUGCAUUGGCAUCGAGAACCACCGUCAGUUCCUGCUGUUCGUCGGUGCGCUCGUGCUCGGUAUUCUUCAGUUCGUCUAUCUCACCGGCGUGUAUUAUGCGAUCAAUGCGCCGCCGUACGAUCCGCUACCCGAUGCGAGCAUCGAGACGUGUCAUUUGCCGUUUGCUGCGCUGUGCACUGCGACGACGUACGAUCCGUUCCUGCUCGGCGUGGCGGUAUGGGCAGCGUUGCAGCUCAGCUGGACGGUGAUUCUGCUGGGCGCACAGUCGUGGCAGGUGAUGCGCCAGAUGACCACGCUCGAAGUAUCCAACCUUGGCCGAUUCGGAUUCAUGGGCGGUAAGGGUGGGCAAAGCUACGCGGGCCAGACCAAUUUUAUCGCCAUGCAUUCCAGAUCGCAACCUGGCGCCAGCAACGGAGCGGCCACGACGCUGCAAGGCAUCCAAGCGCAGCAAAAACCAACGGAAGCAGAUGAAGAGCUUCCGUCCUCAAGCUCAGCUGGGCACAGUCACAGUCACGGAAAGCUUGGCGUCGUGCGUCGCGUUGCAGCCGGAGCGGGCGGAUGGUUGUUGUCGGUUGUAGGGCUGGACCUGUACACGCGCGGUAAGGCAGGCGAGGGUCUCAAACGUGCCAAUGCUGCACUCAACCCCUUCGACCACGGCAUGCUGGCCAACUGCAAGGACUUUUGGUCCAAAGGCGCCGAUCUUGCCAUCGACUAUCCCACGCUCUACGAUCUACCCGCCGAAAUCAGCCCCGGCCACUGCGAUACGCUGCCGUUUAUUACCGACUCGCUAAGCGCAGGUUCGGCCCGUUGGCGCAACUCGGCUUACGCGCCGCUGCGUACAUCCAUCGACGAGGCAGACGACGAAGACAGACCCGGCACGUGGAGUAUGUGGUCCUCAAUCCGCUCACAACGUCCACUUCUGCCAACCGCCCAUACCAACGAGUAG